CAAUGUCACGUUGAUAGAUACAUCAACUAUUUAAUUGUCAAAGUAGUUAAUUAAAAUCCGGCAAAGAAAACAACAAAAAAUAAGCUAAUCAUUGUUAUCAACUAAUACACACUCUAUGUGGAGGAAAGUUGUUUGUGCCGUGGCACGAAGUCCCACACUGAUUUGUGAGCAUUCAAGAGUGAUACGUCGAGGAAUAAAGACAGUUUCUAUAAUGAACAAUAAAUUUAAACUACCGUCGCGUUAUGGAGCCGGCGAAGAAAGUGUCUGGGUGGAGUAUAUUCAAUUGGCAGCAGACUACAAGCCUGCCGUUAAUCUCGGCCAGGGCUUUCCCGACUUCCCCCCACCAAACCAUGUGACUAAAGCCCUCAGUGAAAUAGCCACGGGAGAGAAUUGUCUACUUAAUCAGUAUACCAGAGGAUUUGGACAUCCAAGAUUGGUACAAAAUUUGGCAAAAGUAUAUUCACCGCUGAUCAAUCGUCAAUUAGAUCCAUUCAAAGAGAUUCUAGUAACAAGUGGAGCAUAUGAAGCAUUGUUCUCUACUAUUUUAGGUCACGUGGACACCGGUGACGAAGUUAUAGUGAUCGAACCAUUCUUCGACUGUUACGACUUCAUGAUCAAAUCGGCUGGUGGUGUGCCGAAAUUCAUCGCUUUAAAACCUAAAUCAACAGAAGGCGAACAAACCUCAGCCAACUGGGUGCUAGAUGAAAAGGAACUAGCCUCCCUCUUCACCCCCAAAACCAAGAUGCUGCUCCUCAACACCCCCCACAACCCCCUGGGGAAGGUGUUCACGAGGCAGGAGCUUGAGAUGAUAGCAGACUUGUGCAAAAAGCAUGACGUGUUGUGUGUAGCCGAUGAGGUCUAUGAAUGGAUGGUGUAUGAGCCCAAGAAACAUAUUAGGAUAGGAACACUCCCCGGCAUGUGGGAGCGCACCAUCACAAUCGGUUCAGCCGGCAAGACGUUCUCGGUGACCGGAUGGAAAAUCGGAUGGGCGUACGGACCAGCUGCUUUGAUGAAGAACCUUCAAGUGGUCCAUCAGAACUGUGUAUACACUUGCUGUACUCCUGUACAGGAAGCAGUAGCCCGUUCGCUAGAAUUCGAACUGGCCCGUGUGAACAGCCCCGACUGUUUCUUCGUGUCUCUAGCGCGGGAUCUGUUGGCCAAGCGCGAUAACCUCGUGCGUGUGUUGAGGGAGAAUGGGUUUGAACCGACUGUACCGGAGGGAGGGUACUUUAUUGUAGCCAAUUGGACUGGCUUGAAAAACAAAAUAGACCUCUCCACCGAACCAGACAAGUACAGAGACUACAAGUUCACCAAAAAGUUCGCGAAGGAAGCGAGCGUGCUAACUAUCCCACCUUCCGCGUUUUAUUCAGAACAACACAAGCAUUUAGGAGAGGACUUCGUUAGAUUCUGCUUUAUUAAGAAGGACGAAAACCUCGCCUUAACAGAAAAACUACUCAAGGAGUGGAACGCCAAGAAGAAAUAGAAUACUCAGAAACGAAGAAGAAAUAUUAAUUAAUUAUAAUUAAGAAAGAAAUAAGAAAGGAAUUUAUACUCUUUUUACCGUUUGUACUCAACUAGGCCCAAAAUUGUAAAUAAAGGCUUGAAGAAAUUAAAGAUUUGAUACUCAAAAUAUGUAUAUAAUAUAAUAUAUUGUAUAAAAUGAAAUAAAAUAAUUUUCAUUAAAA